AAACCCUAAACAUGCAGCUAAGCGGAAUAACAAUAAUAUUUAUAUUAUGCCUAGUCCUGGUCAGAGGCUUAGAGGAUCCCAUUCGAUAUGAUAACUAUGCUGUCUAUAAGCUCAAAUAUUCAAGUUCCUGGCAACGAAAUUUAUUACUUAAACUAACCGAAGAACAUGAAAAUUUUCGCCUGUGGCAUGAGUCCAGGGAUGAGCUACACAUGAUGGUGGGACCAAAGGCAAUGUGGAAAUUCCAGCAAGCAUUACAAAAGGCCCAUGUGAAAAGUGACUUAUUCAUAAACAAUGUACAAGAACUAAUUGAAAACGAAACUGAUAUCAGUACCAGGGCAGAUACUUCAGAAUUCGGCUGGACUCGUUAUAAUACUUUAGAAGAAAUUGAAAAAUGGCUUGAUGAGAUUUUGUCUGCGUAUCCUGGUGUAACCGAAGAAUUCAUUGUGGGUCAAUCGUAUGAAAAUCGAACUAUACGAGGCAUUAAAAUCUCCUAUAAAUUGAAUAAUCCAGGUGUAUUCAUUGAAUCGAAUAUACAUGCUAGGGAGUGGAUAACCUCGGCCACAGCCACCUGGUUAAUCAAUCAGUUUUUGACCUCAGAAGAUGAGAUGAUAAGAUCUUUGGCCGAGAAUCAUGAUUGGUAUAUUGUGCCGGUACUUAAUGUUGAUGGAUUCGUAUACUCGCAUGAAAAGGAUCGCAUGUGGCGCAAAACUCGCCAGCCAUCGGAGACAUCCUCAUGCGUAGGGGUUGAUCCAAAUCGAAACUUUGAUUCCCAUUGGAUGGAGAAUGGAGGAGCUUCAGAAGAACCUUGCGCAGAGAAUUAUGGGGGACCUUAUGCCAAUUCCGAGCCUGAAAUUAAGGCCAUAUCUGAAUUUGUGGCCAGCAUUAAAGAUAAAGUGAAUGUUAUGCUGGCUUUUCACUCUUACAGUCAACUUCUGCUGUCACCUUACGGCCAUACGGCUGAGGAAGAACCCGAAAACUACGAUGAUCUGAAUGCGGUUGCCAAGGCUUAUGCUGAUGCAGUUCUAGCUCUGCCCUAUGGCACUUCGUAUGAUUAUGGAUCGGUAGCCUCGGUACUCUAUAUUGCAUCCGGGGGCACAAAUGAUUGGGCCUAUAAUGAGCAAGACAUACGUAUUUCGUACACCAUCGAGUUUCGAGAUCAAGGCAAAUAUGGUUUCAUUUUGCCACCCGCUUACAUUGUGCCCAAUUCCGAGGAGGCAUUGAUUGGUAUCUCAGCUCUGUUAGAUAAGUGUCAAGAGUUGGGUUAUCUGGAACUAAAAUAUACUUUGUAAAUACCGCAAUAAAUCACUCAAGAUUAAGUGAAAAUAAACAUUAGUUUAAAUUGGCCAA